AGAAACGGAGUCUGCCUCUACUAUGAGGAUUGGCAUAGGGUGAAACGGCCCAAGAACUUGCCUGAGGAGCAGAAGCUCAUCUUCGGACUCCUCUUCUCCCUGAAAGGUUUCCUUGAGCUCUUUUCUCGUACCGGACGCGCUCCAAAGUUACAAGUAUGUCUCUUGCUGUGCUCACGUGUAGAGGUGAUGGGAAUCUUUUCCCCCUGCUGUAGCACGUCGACUUACAAGCUUCACUACUACGAGACUCCCACGGGGUUGCGAUUUAUCCUCAUCACGGAUCCGCCUGUACCGUCUCUUCGCGAAUGUUUGCGCCAGAUCUAUAGCCACAUCUACGUUGAGUAUGUCACAAAAAAUCCACUG